AUAUGAAUCGGAGGUAUUGCAACGUCCCUACUCACAAUACCGUGUGCAACCGCGAAUAUAACUGUUAAUUGUUGAUAUAUGAUAGUUUAUAAUGAUUUUGCAAAUGUUAUUUCUUUUUCUUUUUGUAAUGAAGCCACUUGUAUGCUACCAUGAUGAGAAAUAUAGAGAACAUGCCGAAUUUCACUGGCGGAAUAAAAUGAUUAUUCCGGAGAAAAAUAUUUUUUCUUCAAAAAAAUCACAAGGUAGUACUUUGGACGCAGACAUUACUUUAAACUUGAAAAGUAUUGGAACUAUUUAUGAUGUUAAAAAAAACAAUACUAUGAUAACGCGUGAAAGGAGUACUGGUGUUGUCUAUUUGUUAAUCGGGAAUGCGAUUCAUCGUGUGGUUAUUUCGAAAAAUCGCCUAGCAUUGUAUGUCAUAGCAUACGUUAUUGAUAUUGGCGAGUCAAUUACUAAAUUUGAGGUCGCGAAUUAUUAUACACAUGAUAAAAAAAGAUAUCUAAUUGUGUGUCUGUAUUUGGAAGAUCGUUAUCAAAUUUAUCAAAUAUCGCUAGAUGAUACAUCCCUAAAACAUGUAAAAUCUGUUCAGAAAAUUGGUCGAUCUGGGAAAAUUACAAAAACUGUUUUGAUUUGGUUUGCGGACGCUCUCUAUUUGAUUGCUGGAUACAUUGAAGCCGUCUCUGGAAAAAUGAUAGUUUAUAGAUGGCUGGACUUCCAUUUUUCACUUGAGGACACUAAAGAUGUAUCAAUACAUUAUGAAAUAAUUGUGCACAGCGGUAAUCAGCUUAUUUUUUUGAUACUUGAACCUGCGGAGUAUCCAGAACGUUCAAUCAACCACAUUUACAUGUUAAGCGAGCAACGUAAAAUUGUAAAAACCCAAGAAAUGUAUUUUCUUUUUAACCGGCUUCCAUAUUACGAAGUCUCAAGAGAGCUUCAUAUACUACGUUGCUUAGCUUUAGAUAGGUGCUUUGUGUACAGAUGGAACAAUGACAGUUUAUUUUUACGAGUAAGUAAGGUUGAUUUGGAUCCGAGAAACAUUGAGUUAGUGGGAUACGGCUUUAACAUUACCAUUGUUUCUUAUAAUAAAAACUUAAAAUUUUAUUAUAAUGAACCUUUGCUUAAAACUGUAACUGGCUAUGUGCUAAUCGACCACCAGAACAAAAUUCAUGAUACUCAGUUUUAUAUAAAAACUCGCGUUUCGAGUAUACAACUUUACAAAGAGCAAACAACCGGAAAACUAUAUAUGUGUCUUUUGUAUAAUGGACAACACAUAAUGAUCGCUUGCCAUGAGUUAAAUGUUGAAAUGCGAAAAAUAUCGAAUCUUGCAUCAGGCAAAAAAGGAGAUUUCAACGCAUUGAAAUUUUGUAUCGGCAACGUUAAGAAUUUCCUAGAUUGGAGGAAGCGUUGGAUAGACAUCAUUAUGUAUCAGAUCGGUAGAGGUGCAUCUGCGCAUGAUGAAUCAAAACUUACUCGAAGAUUUCAUAUUUCAAGUGUUCAUAUACAAAAGUUUAAUCAUAUGAAACAGAUCGAUGUUCACGGAAUUUUAGAAAAAUCUCCACGCAUGAUUAUAACAGGAUGGAAUUCCUUAAAAUUAAAAAUAUGUUCAAUACAUACACGUACCAACGACCUAGUACUAAUGAAUAAGAUGAAUGAAAUACAAUCGAAUAUUAAAAUUCAAGGAAGUCUUCAAGCAAAAACUGCCAAUAUGGACAAUUUGACUAUUUAUCAUACAACUGUAACAAGUCUAAGAUGUAAAAGAAAUACGCCUUUGCGAGAUUUAAAGUCAGUAGCAAUUUACACCAAUAACUUUUGGUUUCAUGGACUUAUGCUACAAAAUGUGUUGUUCAAGAACAUGCUUAAUCGUGUGUAUGCCGCAGUUAAUGUUGAACAAAUAAUUUCGUUUAUGUUUCAAUUAAAUACCAACUCAAUUAACCGAAUGAAUCUCUUGCAAAUUGUAACUUCUGUUCACAACAAAUGGAUAAAAGGUCAUAAAGGAAUGAUAGCUGCUAAAACAAAUAAUACCGUUAUUUUUCAUAUGAGCAAACUUACUCUCAUGCAACCAUUAGAGCUUUCGGCGGAUAUGGUUACAGCUGGAAAGUUUUGCAAAUCUACGAAGUUAGAAGGAGACUACGUGAUAGAGAACCUAUUAGUAUCAGGCUCCGUAAAUCAAAUGCCAUUAGCAAAUGAAAAUUUGUCUUUCAAUGGCGAACAAUUUUUAUUAGUUGCCUGAAAAUGCGUGACCAAUCGGAUAUUGGAUA